AUGUCGGAAUGGAGUGUCGCUCAGGAAACUACCACGGCUCGGCGUAGGCAUGGUCAAUCGAGAGCACCUCCUUCACCCAACACAAUCCCCCCACCCAUUCCAGAAGGUUUCAUGCUGGUUCACUUUGAUGGGGCGACAAAGGCAUUGGUCGGCGGGGCCAUCGGCUUUGUGGGACUAUCUUCUCAGAGGGCUAUCUCCUUUGCUCUUGGCCGGUUUUAUACAGCUUUCGAUCACCCUUUCCUCAUUGAACUAAUGGCGCUUCGAGAUGACAUGCGGUGGUGCCUUUCCCAUUCGAUUACUAACGUCCUGUUUUGUGGUGAUGCGCAGGUUGUUAUCCGGAUGAUUGCUGCGAAUGACUCGUCUCACGCUUUGGGGGGUGCCAUUCUGAAAGAGGUUCAGGUGCUGCGAACAUCUCUCGCGCGUGUUUCGUUUCAUUUCGCUCCUUGUAGGUAUAAUAGGGCUGCCCAUACCGUGGCAAAACAUGCCCUUUCAUCUAUGGUUCCACAUCUUGUUGACCAUCGUAUUGUUCUUUUUUCCUUUGCCUGA